AUGGAGGCUUUGAGCUCACGAUCAGUCUCCCUAUUCAUGCGCUGUCCAAUCAAGAAAGCCGAAAGCAAAGACUCGCUCAUCCCUCCCGAUUUCUCAUCUUCCAAACUCAAGGGAAGAACAUCCCUCAAUACACCCUGCACUUCCUCAUACCCCAGGUGGGCCCCAGCAAGAACCUCCCUUAGGGCACCCACAAGCCUCAUUUCAGAAGUUCCAUUGCCCACAAACCGGGGCCCAAUCGAGCUUCCGACCCCCAUGAUUGACUCCUCAGGAUCAGCCAAGAAGAUAAUAUCGGGAGGCAGCACGCGCACUAAUCAUGGCCCGCCUCUCGCCUUCACUCCACUGAGUUGGCUCGGGAAAAGCGUUUGCCCGGAUCGUCAUGGCGGCAAAAAAGGCUCCAAGCUUACCGGAUUUCAAAAUGGUGUCGAGAACCUUGAAAGCUUGCUCCGCAUUGAGAGGCUUGGUUUGGGUGGGGCCCGUGCAGACCUUCGUCUGCGCAUCCAAAACGACGUCGAGACCGACGGAUUUCGGACAUCGGAUAGCUCGUCGACGGCAGCUGAAUCCAGAACUGAUUUUAUCGAACGACAUCGUUUAGACGGCGGAAGGGGAAGCCGGAAAAGGGUUUUCGUAGGGUUGAUUGCGGGUUUGAUUCUCAGGGUUGCAAUCGGAGGUAGGACUCGUUCUGAGUUCAAUAGAGCUUCCAUUUUUCUUGAAGAGCGUGCACACCCAAACGGUAUGCAGAAAAAUACAGCCCUUCGGAGUUCUCGAGGGUCGAUAGUGUGCCAGUCAAAACGGGCUAAAUCGUCGUCUUCCUGGCCACCAUCUUCGACCAAGUCCCCUUCCAGCCCUCCCUCAAUAACUCCGGUAUCCGCUCUCCGGCAAUUGCUUCUCCGACGGCCAGAUCGGCUCCCAGUUAUCCCUCCUCCACGUGAUUGAAAAUGGAAGCUAUCACCUCAUCGCUCGCCGUCUCGCCGGCACGCGUUCGUCUCCUCACCGCCUCGCCGUCGAAGCUAAUCCCCCCUGCUGUCGCCGGGUUCAUAAACCAUACACCAAGUUGUUAAUUCCUCAAAUUCCAUUCAGGGGUGACUCCUUGGAAAGGCAUUACGGAAGUCUCAUUUCCAAUCUUAAUUGAAAAGUAGAAGUCUAAUGUAAUGAAAUUGAUACUAUUAAACUCUUGUUCCUAACAGGAAAUUUUCCGACGAAAAAAGUUGAGAUGAUGGCCGGAGUACCUUCGUCAAACCACUGCGCAUCUUUUUCAUCAACUUCGUCCUCUACUUAUUCGAUUGGGCUUCAUCCGCUUCACAAAAAUAGUUCUAGUUCAGUGACUCCUCAGAGAAAAACUUUUAAUCUGCAAUCCAAGUGCAGCUCUUUGUCUAAUGUGAUUGUCAUGCAAGAUGGUGUUGUGGCUACUAAAACGGCUGCAAGCAAGGAAGCUUCUCACAUGAAAUCGAAAGAGGGCUUGAUAUCCAUUUCAUCUCCAGAGGACCCAGGCGCAAAGCUGCAAGAUUCAAAUGUAAAUGGCGAUAACUCGACCACUGUUAGUAUUACUGUUGUAGGGGCUUCUGGUGACCUUGCCAAGAAAAAGAUAUUUCCUGCCCUUUUUGCACUUUAUUACGAGGACUGCCUUCCUCAGCACUUUACUAUCUUCGGUUAUGCUCGUAGUAAGAUGACUGAUGCAGAACUGCGAAAUAUGGUUAGCAAGACACUUACUUGCAGAAUAGAUAAGAGGGAAAAUUGUGGAGAAAAGAUGGAACAGUUCUUGAAAAGAUGUUUCUACCACUCUGGUCAAUACGAUUCUUUGGAAAAUUUUGUGGAGCUUGAUGGGAAGCUCAAGGAGCAUGAGGAUGGAAGGGUUUCAAACCGGCUAUUUUACUUAUCAAUCCCACCAAACAUAUUUGUUGAUGCUGUGAAAUGUGCCAGUCUCUCUGCCUCUGCGUCUAAUGGUUGGACUCGAGUCAUUGUUGAGAAACCUUUCGGGCGUGAUUCCGAAUCCUCAGCUGCUUUGACUUGUGCUCUAAAGCAAUACUUAGAGGAGGAUCAAAUUUUCAGGAUAGAUCAUUACCUUGGUAAAGAGCUUGUGGAGAAUCUUUCAGUCCUACGUUUCUCAAAUCUUAUAUUUGAGCCCCUAUGGUCGAGGCAGUAUAUAAGAAAUGUUCAGUUGAUUUUCUCAGAGGACUUUGGCACCGAAGGAAGAGGAGGAUAUUUCGAUCAUUACGGGAUAAUUAGAGAUAUUAUGCAAAAUCAUCUGCUCCAAAUACUAGCCUUAUUUGCCAUGGAGACACCCGUUAGUUUGGACGCUGAAGAUAUCAGAAAUGAAAAGGUUAAGGUUUUGCGCUCCAUGAGGCCUCUAAGUGUUAAUGAUGUCAUCAUAGGACAGUAUAAAAGUAACACACGUGGAGGUGUCUCUCACCCUGGAUACACUGAUGACAAAACAGUGCCGAAAGACAGUUUAACCCCGACUUUUGCUGCGGCUGCACUUUUUAUAGAUAAUGCAAGAUGGGAUGGUGUGCCUUUCCUAAUGAAAGCAGGGAAAGCCUUACAUGAUAAGAGGGCUGAAAUACGGGUGCAGUUUAGGCAUGUUCCUGGUAAUUUAUACAACCGAAACGUUGGUACUGAUCUAGACCGAGCAACAAAUGAGCUCGUGAUUCGUAUUCAGCCUGAUGAAGCUAUUUAUCUGAAGAUCAAUAACAAAGUUCCAGGAUUGGGGAUGAGAUUGGACCGAAGUAAUCUUAAUCUUCUUUAUAAUGCGAGAUACUCGAAAGAGAUACCAGAUGCGUACGAGAGACUUCUUCUAGAUGCGAUCGAAGGUGAAAGGAGACUUUUUAUUAGAAGUGAUGAAUUAGAUGCUGCUUGGAGGCUCUUCACACCUGUUUUGAAAGAGCUCGAAGAAAGGAAAAUAAUCCCAGAGUACUAUCCUUAUGGGAGUCGAGGUCCUGUUGGAGCUCAUUACCUUGCAGCCCGAUACAAUGUCAAGUGGGGUGAUGUUGGCAUCGAUGACUGAAAAUCAGCUUUUCGGGGGAUCUCCUUUCUUCUUCUUUUUCUUUUUUUUUUU